AUGGACUCUGAUGAAGUGACAUGGGCACCAUCGGACGACCCCUCAUACACGGCCUUUUUUAAGGCGGCCCGGCAUGGCACCGUGGAGCAGCUGAGGGCUGCCUUCACCAGCGACAUCGAUGUGAAUGCCCUGGAAGGCGAUGGGUUCGAGGGCAUGUCCGCGCUGCAUCUCGCUUGCUUCUACAAUGGCGACCUGGAAGUCGUCAAGUUCCUGCUGGACCAUGGCGCGGAAGUCAACAUCCUCGACAGAGAUCGCGCUGGGAACUCCUAUCCUCUGCAUUGGGCGGCUAACAAGGAUCGCGCAGACAUAGUCAAACUCCUGCUGGACAGAGGCGCGGUGAGGGACAGAAAGGGCUUCGACGGGAGGAAUGCCCUGGGCAUGGUCCUGUAUUAUUCCCUCUCCCCGCGCAAGGUGGAAGCAAAGCAAAUGGAAACGAUAAAGGUUCUUCUCGAUUACGGCUUUAGCGUGGACGAGUCCGGCAUGUAUCUCAUCAAAUUCCUCCUCGACCAUGGAGGGUCUAUUAACCCGGCAAACCCAAAGGACCCGUCUCUUCUCGGACAUGCAGCUGGAUUCACGGACUACAAGACGGUAAAGUUUCUCCUCGACAACGGGGCCGUUCUGGAUAACCCUACGGACGACAGCCCCAGCUCGGUGCUAGUCAGCGCGGCUUCCACUGGGAAUCUAUCGGUUGUUCAACUCCUGCUUGACAGAGCAGACCCGGAGAUCGUUAGGAAAUCCAGUAGAGCCAUCAGCGCGGCCGCCGCGUCCGGGCAUCUGAAAGUGGUUGAAAUGUUACUGGCUUCCAACAUGAGGCUCGACAACGACAACGCAAUUGGUUAUCAGUCUCCACUCCACGCAGCUUGCUUUACAAACCAACCGUCUCCUGAACUUGUUACAUUCUUGUUAAGUCAAGGUGCCGAUGUAAACUCGCUCGACGAUAGACUCAAUACUCCAUUGCAUCUACAUGUGUCCACAUUUCAGCCAGACGAAAAAGUAGUGAAACUCCUACUUGACGCAGGGGCUGAUCUGGGAGCUAGAAACACAAAUGGCGAAACACCGCUAUUAAGGGCAUCAUCAGCACUGCAUUGUCACUAUGAACAAGGAAACCCACACGACAGCCGUGGCAGCGCGUUCGUGGUCCUUCUAAGACGACUCCUCAAGGCCGGAUCGGACAUCACAGCCGUAGACCACUCAAACCAAACUGCACUACACAUCCUAGCCGCGAACUCGCCCAGAUGCACGCCUGGAGAAUGCCCCGAACGCGCCGCCCAGGUCCUACUCGACAUGGGCGUUGAAGUUGAAGCCCUCGACAUAAAAGGGCGCACGGCCAUCGACAUAUUACAGGAAAAACACACCAUAGAAUCGAGGCUGAUUCUCCAUACGAUCGAGAAUUUUAAGCUACGCCAAUCUUCAAAAUAA